UCUUGUUACAUUACUUACUUUGAGCAAUUGUGCACUAUUACAUUCACCAUGGCUCUUAAUUUAAAAGCUGCAGUCCGGUAUGGCAGGCAGAGCACGUCACCGUUGGCCAGUUCCAGUCGAAGCUUCCGACAGUAUGCGAGACGGUAUAGCUCGCAGUCGCCGGCGACACCGUUGACCUCACCGUUUGCCCCGCGACACCUACUAUCUAUUGCAGACCUUACGCCGGGAGAGCUCGCCACCUUGGUGCGCAAUGCGCACUCGCAUAAGCAUACAAUCAAGUCCGGAGCGAUCCCGACGAGUCUGUUGGGAGCGCUGUCCGGGAAGACGGUGGCCAUGAUGUUCAACAAGCGCAGUACACGGACGCGAAUCUCAACAGAGGGGGCGGUGGUGCAGAUGGGCGGUCAUCCGAUGUUCCUGGGUAAGGAUGAUAUCCAGCUGGGAGUUAACGAAUCGCUGUACGACUCGGCACUGGUCAUCUCAUCUAUGGUCUCGUGCAUUGUGGCACGCGUUGCGAAGCACUCGGAUGUGGCCGACCUGGCGAAGCACUCCUCAGUACCGGUGAUCAACGCUCUGUGCGACUCAUUCCAUCCACUGCAGAUCAUCGCCGACUUUUUGACCAUCUACGAGGCGUUUCCAGCCCACGCGACCGCGGGCCGUUCCAGCCUGGGGCUGGAAGGGCUGAAGAUCGCCUGGAUUGGUGACGCGAACAACGUCCUGUUUGAUAUGGCGAUUGGAGCAACCAAGAUGGGUGUCGACCUGGCGGUCGCCACGCCCAAGGGGUACGAGAUCCCCACGUCGAUGGUCAACAUUAUCCAGCAGGCCGGUGAAGGAGUGGCCCGCCCUGGAAAGCUGCUGCAAACCAACAUCCCCGAAGAGGCGGUCAAGGACGCGGACAUCCUGGUGACAGAUACAUGGGUCUCGAUGGGCCAGGAGGCGGAGACCAUCAAGCGACUGAAGGACUUUGAGGGCUUCCAAAUCACGGCGGAUCUCGCCCGGCGCGGUGGAGCCAAGGAUGGAUGGAAGUUCAUGCACUGUCUGCCCCGACACCCGGAGGAGGUGAGCGACGAGGUCUUCUACAGCAAGCGGUCGCUGGUCUUCCCGGAGGCAGAGAACCGGCUGUGGGCCGCCAUCUCGGCGCUGGAGGCCUUUGUUGUCAACAAGGGACGGAUCGAGCAGUGAUAUAUCGAUUUUAGGUCUAUAUAGUCAUUCAUAUAUGUAAAGUAGUCAUCAAUUCAGGCCUAUUAUCGAUAGA